ACCAGAAGAGCCUUGGAAGGAGCUCUGGAGCACUGCUCAGCAUCACAGCACCAUGAGAGCUCUUGGAAGGAGCUGGGGAGCUCCAUCUCACUGCUGGUGUCCUGCCAAAAGGCAGAGGCACUGCUGAGUGCACUGGGAAUUAGGGGGAGGAGUGCAGGGGGCUGAUAGAGAGAGCUUAGCUGGGGAGCCUGGGGCUCGGGGGCUCUAGGGUCUCGGGACCCUCAGCUCUUUCUCUUGCAUCUCCUGUGCAGGAGGCUUAUUGAGCUACUGCUGAGUGUCUUCCCAGCUCAGCCCCAGGACUCCACCCCUGGAAGACUGAGCCACCAGACUGAUGGAUUCCGACCUGCUGGACCUCCCACUCGGAGUCAAGAUCCAUCUGAAGCCCAAGUCCAAGACUGUCUUCUGCAGGGGAAAGCUGGGGGAAACGCUUAACGGGCCAUGUCCUUCUUUCAAUCUGGACGAUCCCUACAUCCACCACCCUGCACCACCAGUGCAAUACAACCGCCUGCAUGACCCCCACCUUCGGGACUACCACAAGCGCAAGGACAUCCUGCGGAUGCUGAAGAGACAGGGAGUCAUCACCAGUGACAACAAGGUGGUUUGCACUCUGAAGGAGUUCAACGAGUACAGGAACUACCUGACCAGGCUCAAGCUGCAGUUAGAGAAGAUCUUGAGGCAGCAAGAGGAAGGGCUUCUGCCACUUCUGGCCAAAUUAAAGGAUGGUCCCAAACUGCCAGGAACCAGUGACACUUCCUGCCGGCGGAAGCGGCGGCUGCAGCCUCAGAAACCUACUUGCCCAUGUCCACAGAAGAGCAAAGAGACCCCUCUGAAAUCAGGGAGAUUCAGAAAAGUGAAAAUAGCUUCAGACGAGGGCCAAACCUACUCCAGAGCUAAGCUGGGCACUGCUGCUGACUCCCAGAGGAAGCGGCACAACACUGCUCACAGCCUCUUUAAAGCUGUCCUUAGGCAGCUGACCGCAGCAGAAGCCCAGAAGCUCCAAGAGCUGGUUGAGAUCAUUGUCUACAAAGUGUUUGUGAGGCUCAAGGUUCCUCGGAACCAGCGCAUCAACUUUUUAAGGAAUGCUGCCCAGGGGAUCAGAGGAAGCAUUUUCAGCAGCUGCAGGAGAACACCUCUAGACCGCCGCCAGAAAAUAGAAAUGGUGGCCAAAGAGCUUUUAGCAAUGGUGUUGGAGGGCUUGGGGUACUGUCUGGAGCCCAAAGCUUCUAAGCCAAGGAGGGCAGUCAGGUGGAAGGAGCAGCCUGUUGAUGGAAGAGCCACCCUAGUGGACAAAUCCGAGGAAGAUGAAGACACCCCCAGGACCCUGUACCCCCUGCAUUUCCCCCAUUCCUCCACCCGUAUCCCCACUCAGGACACCCCAGCUUCCUGUAUCCCCUCAUAUUCCCCCAAUAUACCCCCCUAUAUCCCCUGCCAGACCACUCCAGGACCGCCCUCAGCCCCCUCCAGAUACUCCCAGAUUCCCCUAGCCCUGCCCCAGGACCUCCCCAGGACCACUUGUACCUGGUGGUGGAGGGCCACUGUCCCCCGUAUCCCCCCCACAGAGCCCCCAGGAUCCUCCCCAGCUCCCCCCAGCAGUGGAGUGCCACCCAUGGAGGACAAGGGUGCGGGAGGGUGGUGGAAGACCAUGGAGUAG